AUGUACGGAUCGGAGACUUGGGCAGCACCAUCAACGGUUAUGGAGAAGCUUGACUGCACGGAACGAAAGCUGCUUAGACGGCUACUUGGUUACUUUUGGCCUAGGGUAUGUAACAAUGAAGAUCUUUACACAGAAAUUGAUGUGGUGUACCGGCGGAUGACUCGUAAAAGACAUCAACAUCUUGCACCGCCGUCGAAAGUGGCUAAAGCAAAUCGUCUUCGCUUCUUUGGUCAUAUAUUAAGAAGACCGGCAGAUCGCCUUGUUCAACGAGUUCUGAGGAGUUCGUCGGGUUCGAGCUGGAAAAGCCACCUGGCCGAAAACGGAAGUUCUGGACUGAGAAUAUGGAAUAGCGACGAAUGGAUUGAUCCUGUGCAAGCUCUCGCAGAAGAUCGAGAAGGUUGGGCAGAACUGUGUUCAAAGACGGCACAAGUCGGCGAAGAUGCGGAAGUUCAGGGACGGUGCCAAAAUACACGGGAGAGAUGCGAAGACGCUCCGACAUGCCACUGCCCCGACGACUACGAAAAAGUGGAACGAUGCCAGGUCAACAUCAAAAUCAACCACAUAAGAACGCCGAAGGAGAGUCACAUGGGAGUCUACUGCCCUCACAAUAACUAA